UGUAUAACGGAUUGGAGUAUUGAAACCCGAGAGAAGUGCCUGUUUUCAACUUUUUACACACAGUGAUUAUUAGUUAUUUGGAGAGCACAAGACUACUGCUUUGAAUUAUAAAAAAUAAAUGCUAUAUACCAACCUGUCUACUUGACAAAUAGGCUACAGAAGACAUUCUCAUGGUGCUCUCUUUAUUUGCUCCUACUGGAGUAAGGAAAAGGUGUUCGUAAAAGUGCUGAAUGUCACCUCCAGUUCAAAUGGAUUAUAACAAGAGCAUGGCUCCUCCAGUGCCGCCGCACAAACCCAAAACUACCCGGACAGGCGAGGCUCAGGAGCGGGUGUUGAAGUGCGUACUACUCGGCGAUGGAGCGGUUGGGAAGACCAGCCUGGUUGUCAGCUACACAACGAAUGGCUAUCCAACGAAAUACGUCCCCACUGCGUUUGAUGACUUUUCAGCGGUGGUGCAGGUGGAUGGACACCCUGUGAGACUACAGCUCUGUGACACUGCUGGACAGGAUGAAUUCGAUAAACUCCGUCACUUCUGCUACUCGCGCACCGACACCCUCCUCCUCUGCUUCAGUGUGGUCAGCCCUGCCUCCUUCCAGAACGUCUGGGAGAAGUGGGUCCCCGAGAUCCGCCGGCGCUGCCCGCUCGUGCCCAUGCUGCUGGUGGGAACCCAGUGUGACCUGCGCGAGGACGUCAAGGUGUUGAUCGAGCUGGCCCGCCGGAGGGAGAGGCCCGUGGCCGAAGUGGACGCCCGUAGCCUAGCGGACAAAGUGGGCGCUGUGGCAUACGUGGAGUGCUCGGCGCUCACCCAGAAGAACCUGAAGGAGGUGUUUGAUGCGGCCAUCGCCGUGGGGAUGAAGCACGCCGAUAGGAGGGCGCGGCGGGAGAGGAAGGUGCGCAGCACGGCCGAUAAGAUGAAGACACUGUCCAAGUCGUGGUGGAAGAAGUACGUCUGUAUCCAGUAGAGAGAGAAGAGGAGAGGGAUAUUGACUAUGACUAUGAAACUGGGACUGGAAAUGUGUUCAGACGAGCUGUUGUUGUUCAUAUGGAUUGAAGGACUUCUGUCUUAGCUCCGCUCACAUGACCCCACGUUGGUCAAAAUUAGGGUUGGAAAAAAAAUUGAACUUUCAAUUAAUUCCCUGGUUUUCCCGAAAUCCCAGUUGGAGGAUUCCCAAAAUCAGAAGGGAAUAAGCAGGAAAUCGGGAAU